GGCCAAGAUCCCAAAGUGGAAUUCCACCGGACAGCGACUACUGUACCGGUGAGGCUUUAUAUUCAAACAACGACAGUACCAGCCCAUUCUUCGCCGCCCAUAGUCAUUACACUCUAUUGCCCUACUUUCGAAAAUCACCAUCAAGAUGAGUGACCAUGACCCCGCGCCAACACCCACCGUCUAUGCUCUCGACUUGCCUGUCGCCGAGACUGGUGGUCCGCACCACGUCCAACAGGCCCUCAACGGCAUAGAGCUGCCGCCAGCCAACUACUCAUUCACAUCGAUCGCAAAUAACAAAGUGGUAUAUCACGUCACAGGGCGCGGGCCAACCCUGCUCGUGGCCAUUGCACCAGGCUGGGGCGUGGGCAUCAACUAUCUGCCUACCUCGAUGAAGCCGCUCGUCGAUAGCGGUCACGUCACUCUCGUUUGCAUGCAGCCGCGGGGCACGCUACCCUCAGCACGGCCCGAGGAUACCUCCAAGAUGACGUCGCGCGACAUGGCGGACGAUGUAGACAGACUUCGCGAACAUCUGGGCCAGGACCAAAUUGCCGUGCUCGGACAUUCCAACGGCGCAGGGAUUGCGCUGGCCUAUGCGACAAUGUACGCUCGACACUGCACCAAGGCGAUUCUUAUUGCAACACAAGUCAUUGGCUACAGUCCGCCAGAGGGCUGGGUCAACGAGCCGUUUGAGCGCCGCAAGCACGAUCCGGUCUACAAGGAUAUGAUGGAGAUCUUUUGCGCGAGCCGUACGGGAGGUCUGCUUACUGACGAGGAAGCGACGGAAUAGAUACGGAGUGUCUUGCCUCUGUACUUUACACGCCCGGAGACGAGCUAUCCCGUGUUUAAAGAGCAGAAUGGCACGAGACUCGCCCAGACAUGGCCGUCGACAGAGCAGAACGAGGCGGAUUGCAGACCGGGUGCGGCGUUUUAUGAGGAUUUGGAAAAGGUCUCUGCAAAGGUUUUGUUGCUGUCAGGCGAUGACGACUUUGUAUGUUCUGUGGUUUCCAGCCAGGCUGCGCGGGAGGCCAUUGGGGCUGAUGCCGUACAUGUGGUGUAUCAAAGCUGUGGGCAUAUGCCGUGGAUUGAAGCCAAGAAUGCCUUUUUCCGCGAUGUUUUCCAGUUUUUGGUACAUGAUCAGCCGGUGCAUAGCUCAUAGACGUAGUUGAUUUUUUACAGUUCUAUUUCUAUACAUAUACACGAGCAGCUCAGCUGAAGGGAAACAAAAUUCAUCGUACAUUGUUCCUCUACACGUGGGCACUCAACAAUUACCUAGUUGGUAUAAUUAUACGAUUCGCCA